UUUGAUAUGGAUUAGAAAGUGAGGGACUCGGUCCAACGUUUUCAUGUCUUGGCUUUCCAAUUGGUGGACCGGAAACAAAAAGAAAUCGAGAAAUCGAACACAGCUAUCGCCGUUCCCUUCCUGCCUCCACUUCCAGUUCCAACGAAAAUAGAGAAAUCGAGCAGCCUACUUCCGACGAAUCAACAGCUACUUAUUUCGUCCUUCGUUCCUUCUUGCUCCUGAUUUCUGCAUUCCAUACGAGAUUUUCUAUUCCCAAUUUCUCUAUUUCAUACGAGAUUUUCUGAUUUCUCCUUCUUGUUUCUUGUUUCUUUCUGAAAUUUUGCUGGCUUAUGUAAGAGUUUUUGCUGAGAAAUCGAUUGGCUGUUUUGCUGUUUCUGUUUCUUCUGAUCCUGUUUUGCUGUUUCUUCCUUCUUAUAUGUAUAAAGAAAAAAAAAAAAAACGACAGAGUUGAAUGAAAAAUAGAACGUCAAUGCGUCAAACCAUUAAAUAAACCCAGCAAUCCAUUUGUUACAUACUGUGAAGGGGAGAAGGAGAAAAUGGAUUGCAAGGAAAACGAAUCUCCUGAAAGUAGGGAGACUUCACGUGUAGUAGUUGAAUUUCUUGAAGUUGCUAUUACAUCCAUCAUCUUCCUGAAAGGAAUAUACCCACCAGGUGCUUUUGAAAGGCGGAGAUAUAUGAAUCUAUUGGUUCACAGGGCUCGACACCCUCAGCUUAAUCGCUAUAUCCUCAACUCUGUCAAUGCACUUGAACCUUACAUCCAACAGGGGCUGGUUGAGAGAAUUGCUGUUAUUUUCUUCAAGGAUGAUAAAAUUCCAGUUGAGAGAUUUAUGUUCAAGAUUAAUGUGAACCAGUCUUGUUAUGAUGGGGAAAUGAUGGACAUGGAGAUGAGAUUAUUUUUGGUGAAGCUGUCUUUAUCAGAACCUUUUUCAAAGAAUGCUGCUGUUUUAUCUCAAAGUAAAAAAUCUGAUUGGAGGUGGGAAAUAACAGGUUACUUUUGCUCUCUUCCUGAAGCUGAAGUUGGUGCGUGGAUUUCAAGCAACACAUAUCAGUGGAAACAACCUCCUGUAAUAACACCAAUCAAAUCCAUGAAUAUUCAGCCAUUGUCUUUGCAGCUAUAUUUGGAACAUCCUCCACCUGAGCUUUGAAAGUGUUUUAGUUUCAUAUUUUUGUUUAUAUUUGGGGAAGAGAUGACGUGGGAUGUAUUGUUGAUUUGUCAUGCAAAAUCCAAGUGGACUUGUCUCUUUUGCUGAUGUGUCAUGCCACAUGGUCUUUGGCUGAUGUGGAUGACAUUUGGAUCAGCCUUUGUUGAUGAGGUCUUUGUUUAUGUGUCAUCUUCUUAAGUGUUUACCCCCUCCCAUUUCAAUUAAAUUCAGAUAUUACAGCA